AUGUAUGUUACCUCCACACUUCCUCCUCGCGCUUUCCCCUGUCACCUACGCGCUCCCCCAUCUCACCUCCUCGCAUCCUCCUCGCGCUCUCAUCUCCGCGCUCCCCCGUCUCACCUCCGCGCUUCCCCCGCGCGCUCCCUUCUCUCACCUCCGUGCUUCCCCCUGUCACCUCCGCGCUCCUCCUUCUCACCUCCGCGCUUCCCCCUCAUCUCGGCACUUUCCCCUCACGCUUUCCCCCUCUCACAUCCGCGCUUCCCCCUCUCACGUUCGCGCUUCCCCCCCUCACCUUCGCGCUUCCCCCUCUCACCUUCGCGCUUCCCCCUCGUCAACUUUGCGCUUCCCCCACUUCGCGCUCCCCCCUCUCACCGCUCUUCCCCCCCUCACCUCCGCGUUCCCCCUUGCACCUCUCCCUCCUGCCACAUCUCCCUCCUGCCGCCUCUCCCUCCUGCCGCCUCUCCCUCCUGCCGCCUCUCCCUCCUGCCGCCUCUCCCUCCUGCCGCCUCUCCCUCCUGCCGCCUCUCCCUCCUGCCGCCUCUCCCUCCUGCCGCCUCUCUCCCACGGCUCUGCCCGCAGUGGCCAGCACGCAGCCCUGCGCCCUCUGUGUUGUGUGCUGCUGCCAUGCCAGCCGCACGGCCUCGCCUGCACUCACUGCAUGUGCCAAGCCUGGGGCCACCGUGUGCACGAUACCUCCUGCUGCUGCUGGCGUGCCUGGCCGAUCCUCCCGCCACACACGCACAGCCAUUCGACCGCAACCAACUCAGAGGUGCGUCGCCUGCUGCGCUGCCACCCUGCCGCCCUGCCCGUGCCGCCCUGCCCGUGCCGCCCUGCCCGUGCCGCCCUGCCCGUGCCGCCCUGCCCCUGCCCCCCUGCCCCUGCCCCCUUGCCCCAGCUGCCCUGCCCCUGCCGCCCUGCCCCUGCCGCCCUGCCCCUGCCGCCCUGCCCCUGCCGCCCUGCCCCUGCCGCCCUGCCCCUGCCUCCCUGCCCCUGCGGACCUGUCUUCCAUGUCUGCAAUACUGUGCUGACAUCAUGGCAGCGGGGGUGGCUCCCACUCCCUCCAUCGCCACGCACAUCCCAGAUACCACCUUUCCCAAUGCCACCUCCCCGGAUGCCACCAGCAGCGGCAGCGGCGGCAACACAGCCAGGGAGUGGGGCCAUCACAUGCGGUACAGGAGGCGAGAUGGGGAGUGCUGGAGCCGAGCUGAGAUGGCGUGCUAUGCCGGGCACGGGCGCACAGUGCAUGCACAGGCACAGGCGCAGGCUCAGGUUCACGCACAGGGGCGAUCAGGGGCAGAGGCAGAGUCAGAGGCGCUGGUGCGCAAGAUGCACGAGUACCAGCGGUACCGGCGGGAGUGCCUCCACAGGGAGCCCCUGCAGCAGCUGCGCGCCACGCUGGUGGCGGGCAAGGCCAGUGAGUGCCGGUACCUGGUGUGGCAGCACAACCCCGACGGGCAAGGCAACCGCCUGCUCUCCCUCGUCUCCGCCUUCGCCCUCGCGCUGCUCUCCCGCCGCAUCCUCCUCCUCGCCCGCCCCAACGGCCCCGCGGCGCUUCUCUGUGAGCCGUUCUCCGAGGCGGGCGAGGGGCCCGAGGGGUCGUGGGUGCUGUUUCCGGGGGAGGGCGUGGAGGAGGAGAUGCAGGCGUGGAGCCUGUUCAGUGAGAGGGGCGUGGAGUGGAGCCAGGCGUGGCAGGCGUGCCAGCAGCAGCAGCAGCAGCAGCAGCAGCAGCAGGGCCAGCAGCAGGGGCAGCAGCAGGGCCAGCAGCAGGGGCAGCAGGAGGGUCAGCAGGAGGUGGAGCAGCAGCAGGGGAAGAGGGAUGGAGAUGGUGUGGGUGGAGACACGAGGAGGCAGUUGCUGUCUGGAAUACAGCAGCCUGUGGCUCCUCCUGAUGCACCUGCUCCUGCUCCUGCCCCACCCGUUGUUCCCUUGCUUAUACAGCCGUCCACACCCCCAUCCCUGCCAUCCCCUCUCAGCAAUGCCUCCGAUCAACUUCCACCACCGCUGCCACUGCCGCCGCUGCUAUCAGUGGCUGCUGCUCCUGGCGUUGACAGCAGUGCGGAGGCACACGAUGCAGAGUGCACCGUUCCACCCAUGUACGUGAAGCAACUACUGCGAGUGGAUCUCUUCCACCACACGCCCCCACCAGGCCUUUUCUUCUUCUGUGACGCCCACCAGCGCUGGCUGGCACGUGCGCCCACGCUGCUGCUCUCGUCCAACCAGUACUUCCUGCCCGCGCUCUACCUCCUCCCCUCCUUCCGCCGCGCCCUGCUGCUGCUCUUCCCCACGCACCGACCGUUCCACUCGCUGGCCCGCGUGCUGCUCGUCCCCUGCAACCGCAUCUGGGCACGCCUCACAGUGCGCUACCACGCGCUGCUUGCACCGCUGCCGGGAAGGGUGGGCGUGCAGGGGCGCUUCUUGCACAACUGGGACGCGCAGCGCGUGAGGGAGAGGACGCUGGUCCUGGGGCACUGCGCUGGGCAGGCGCUGAGCGGGCUGCUGGCCGCCCAGCCUGGGGAUGCUGCCGUGGGUGGGGUGAGCCACGGCACUGAUGGCACCGCUGAUUCUUCCAGUGGUGCUGCUGCGGUGAGCGGUGCACAGACAGCAAAGGGAGUUGCAGCAUCAGUGAUGGUGGCGUCGCUCAAUGCUCAUUUCGCUCACAACCUCUCCCGCCUGCUGUCCAACCAGCUCGGACACCCCGUGCACGUGCGAGGGACUGUGGAGCCUGCUGGCAGCAGCAACAGCAGCCAAGACUCAACACAGGAAGGCCCCAGGGCAACCGACAGCAGCAGCAGCAGCACCAGCCCUGCGGAAGGUGGCACUUUGAGCAGCGAGAGCGGCAGGGACAGCAGCAGUGGUGGUACAAGGGCGGAGGUGGAGGUGGUGCAGCUGACGGAGGAGGAGCAGCAGGACAACAGCGACGGGCGCAACGUGGACGACGCCAUCAUCGACCUCUUCUCCCUCGCCCUCUUCUCCCACUCCCUCCUCCUCUCCCCCACCUCCACCUUCGGCUACCUCAUUGCUGCCCUCGCCCCGCACACCCCGGCCCGCUUUGCCUCCUCCUCCUGCCCGCCUGCCCCACCAGAGCCGUGCUACCACCACCCCCCCACCCACGACCAGUGCCCUGACGGCCAGCCGCUGCUGCUGGAACGGGCCGUGGCUGCGGUGCCGCACCUGCCUCUCAUGCGCUGUGCCGACCUCUCACUGGGGCUCGCUCUCAACACUGCCGCUGCUCCUGCUGAUCAUCCUGGCCAGUGGGCAUGA